AUGAGCCUUAUCUUGCUUGACUUUCCACGUGGUCUGGUGAAAUACCGAAGCAAAGUGGGCAUUCGGAAGGAAUACCAGAAGUCUGAACUUCCUGAGUACGUAAAGAUAAUAGAAGUUGGGCCCAGAGAUGGAUUGCAAAAUGAAAAGGUCAUAGUACCAACUGAUAUAAAAAUUGAGUUAAUCAACCAGCUUGCCAAAGCAGGAUUGCCUGUCAUAGAAGUGACCAGUUUUGUUUCCUCAAAAUGGGUACCUCAGAUGGCAGAUCACACAGAAGUAAUGAGAGGGAUCGAACGGCAUCCUGGAGUCCGAUAUCCUGUUCUCACUCCUAAUCUUCGAGGUUUCCAUUCUGCUAUCUCAGCAGGAGCUACAGAAGUCUCAGUAUUUGGCGCAGCAUCUGAAUCUUUUAGCAAAAGGAACAUCAAUUGUUCCAUAGAAGAAAGCAUAGAAAGAUUUGAAGAAGUUGCUAAAUUGGCAAGAAAUAUGAAUAUUCCGGUGAGAGGGUAUGUAUCUUGUGCUUUGGGAUGCCCAUAUGAAGGAAACAUCAAACCAGUUAAAGUGGCAGAAGUCUCUAAAAGACUGUACAGCAUGGGCUGCUAUGAGAUUUCGCUAGCAGAUACAAUUGGUGUGGGGACUCCUGGAAGUAUGAAAAGAAUGUUGGAAGCUGUUAUGAAGGAAAUCCCACUGACUGCUCUUGCUGUUCACUGUCAUGACACAUAUGGCCAGGCAUUAGCCAAUAUUCUCACAGCUAUGCAG